CUGCCUCUCUGACUUCCUCUUCUCAGAAACUGGUCAGUGUGUGUUCAGACACCGGAGUGAGAGUCAGGAUGAAGCUGAACAUCUUCUGCUGCCUGUUGGCCUGCACUCUGAGCGCUGACGUCACAGCAGGAAUACAGGAGGAAGUAAUCAAAGAGAAGGACUCCAUCACUCUGAAGUGUCCUCGCUCUGCGGACGCUAGACUGACGUGGAGCAAAGAACAUGAAGGGAUUAAAGUUUUCAUUCUUUCAUCUUAUGGUAACACGAGCACAAGACACAUCGAUGACACGCGAUUCAGUUUAUCAGCUGAGAAGUCGCUGAUCAUCCUGAGGCCUGCUGUCUCAGACUCUGGAACAUACCUGUGUAAUAAUGAAGCAGCUGUGCAGCUGACAGUGAUCCCAGGAAAAGUCCAUCAAAACAAGGAUGGAAAUGAGUCCGUCACUCUGCGCUGUCCUCUCUCUGUGGAGGGUAAGGUGACGUGGAGCAGAGAGAAGAGAGGAAGGAAAGCUGACAUACUGACAGCUGAUGGUAACACAGAGAGAAGACACAUUAGUGACAAACGAUUCAGCUCAUCACCUGAUAAGUUGCUGAUCAUCCUGAGGCCUGCUGCAUCAGACUCUGGAACAUACCUGUGUAAUAACAAACCAGCUGUGCAGCUGAUAGUGAUCUCUCCAGAAAAAAGGAAAAUAGCCAGAGAGGAGGAGUCUGUCAGCCUCCCUUGUCCUCCCUCUGUGAAGGGUAACGUGACGUGGAGCAGAGAGAGAAAUGGACGUGAAGUUGAAAUUCUUACAGCUGAUGGUGACACGGGCGGAGGACACACACGGUUCACAACAUCAGCUGAUAAGUGGCUGAUCAUCCUGAGGGUUGUUGUGUCAGACUCUGGAACAUACCUGUGUAAUAAGGAACCAGCCGUGUACCUGUCAGUGGUCCCAGGUGGCAGGAAACCACCAACACCAGCGAUCACAGAACGGCGACUGCUUCUGAUGGUCGGGACGACUGCUGCACUCCUCAUCAUCAUCCUCAUCACCACAGUUGUUUCCACCAGGACAUGCUGUUCCAAAAAACAAGGAAAUGAAGAAAACAAGAACACCUGUCAUCACGUAGUUCAUGGCAACAGGUUUAAGCCUCCAAGCUGUGAGAAACAGGAAGUGUUGAAUGUACCAGAAGGCAACCACAUCUAUCAUUAUAUAGUCGAUGUCAACAGGUUUCAGUCUGAAAAUGGUGGGAAAAGUUCUGCUGGAUCAACAGCUGCUAUACUCUUUGGCCAGUUUUCCGGGUCCAUCGUAGCAGAUUACUUCAUUAUACUUCUUACUCAAUGAGAUCCAAAAGCAAAAGGAAAUGAUGACGGCUGAGUUUUACGCAAAUGAACCUGAGAUGUUAAAAAAAGAUUUUUUGUUAAAAGUUAAAA